AUGUGCUUCGGAGGCUCUUCUCGACGCAGGACCGGCGGCGGCAUGAUGGGCGGCGGCAUGGGCGGCGGACGCCUGGGUGCUCGGCCCGUCGUCAAGGAGACCCACCACCACCACCACGGCGGCGGCAUGGGCGGUGGACGCAUGGGCGGAGGUCGCAUGGGCGGCGGCGGCAUGCUCGGCGGCAUGGGCGGUGGUCGUCGCAUGGGCGGUGGUGGCAUGGGCCGCCGACCCGUCGUGAACCAGCUUCAAGAGAAGCUCUGCGAUCAACAACCACAAACCUCCACACCAUCAACAAACACGAUGGAGUCCUCAUCUUCGGCGCCAACACAGCCUCCACUGCUGGGAUCAUGGGCUGAAUCGACCCGGAUGGCUCAUCUGGACGCCCAGCAGUUGCUCUAUCUCGGCCUUGCACUCUUUGUCGCCUUGGCCUCCUGUGUCAGGGCACUUGGGAGCAAAGAAGAAAGCAUUCCGUGCUUGAGCCCCUCCAAAAGACCUCUGAUCUUCGGCAAAGAUCCCGUUGCUUCAAAAAGCUUCAUAAAGAACGCCCGAGGGAUGUUGGCCGAGGGUCGGAAACGAUUCCCAGGCCAGCCUUUCAGGAUCACGUCCGACUCGGGCGAGACGACCAUUCUCCCGCCCUCGCUCAUCAAUGACAUUCGAAACGAGCCUGGCUUGAGCUUCAUCGAGGCCAUUUCGGAAACCUUCCAUACUCACCUGCCCGGAUUCGAACCCUUUGCGACGGGCAACAGGGCCGACUCGCUCAUCCAGGUAGUGGUGAGAAAGCAGCUAACCAAGCUUCUCAACCAGGUGACAGAACCACUCUCUGAAGAGACGAGCUUUGCCACAGAGUUGGCCUUUGGCAAGUCAGCAGAAUGGAAAGAGUUUGUUCUGAAAACAGAGAUUCUCGACCUCGUAGCCCGUCUGUCUUCGCGCGUCUUUCUCGGCCCCGACGUCGCCCGCAACGAAGACUGGCUCUCCAUUACCAAAUCGUACACCAUCCACGGCUUCCUCGCCGCAGAGCAGCUCCGCAACUACUCGCCCUGGUGGCGCCGCCUCGCCAACCAGUUCCUGCCGGAGUGCAGGCUGGUGCGGCGGCAGCUCGUCGAGGCCCGCGCCAUCAUCGGGCCCGUGGUCCAGAAGCGGCGGGACGACCGCCAGCAGGCCGUCGACCGGGGUCUGCCGCCGCCGGUGUUUAACGACGCCCUCGACUGGUUCGAGGCCGAGAGCCACGGCAGCGCGUACGACGCCGCCAUCUGCCAGCUGUCCCUCUCCACCGCGGCCAUCCACACGACGACGGACCUGCUGACCGAGGUCAUGUUCAACAUUGCCAAGCACCCGGAAAUCGUCACCGACUUGCGGCAAGAGAUUGUCAGUGUCCUCACGGCAGAGGGCUGGAAGAAGACGGCGCUCUACAACCUCAAGCUCCUCGACAGCGUCGUCAAGGAGUCGCAGCGCAUGCGCCCCGUUGGACUAGUCUCCAUGAUGCGCACAGCCACGCGUGACGUGCCCCUCUCGAACGGCAUGGUCCUCCGCAAAGGCCAGCGCACCGCCGUCGACAUGGCGCAGAUGCGCGACCCGAACGUCUACGACGACCCCGAUACCUUUGACGCCUAUCGCUUCGUCCGCAUGCGCGAUACGCCGGGCCAGGAGAACCAGGCGCACUUUGUCAGCACGGGCCCGGCGUCGCUGGGCUUCGGCCACGGACAGCACGCGUGCCCGGGGCGGUUCUUCGCCGCCAACGAGGUCAAGGUCGCGCUGUGCCACCUGGUGAUGAAAUAUGAGUGGAGAUUGGCCCCGGGCUGCGAACCCAAGGCGGCUGAGUUCGGCUUCUCGUUGGCCGUGGACAUGAAUGCCAAGGUGUUGAUGCGCAGGCGGGAGCCCGAGUUGGAUAUCGAUGCGUUGUAG